AUGGCGCUCACUGGAUCUCGAACGUCGCUGACAAGCGCUCUGCCGAAACCGAAGUACUCAGGCGAAGACGAGAAAUUGCCGACGCACACUCAGCAAAAAGGUCCCAGAGUCGUCGAUGCUAGGGAGCUCGAAUCGUCACAACUAGUGGUCAAGCGCGCUGGCCCACCACCCUAUGGACAACGCUCAGGAUGGCGACCUCGAAACCCGGAAGACUUCGGUGAUGGCGGCGCUUUUCCAGAGGUACCAAUGGCGCAGUAUCCGCUGGACAUGGGACGCAAGGGGGGCGCGUCGAGCUCGAAUGCGCUGGCGAUCCAGGUGGACAAUGAAGGAAAGGUUAAAUACGACGCCAUCGCCAGACGCGGGCACAAUGAGAAGAGGAUCGUGCAUGCGAGCUUCAAGGAUUUGAUACCGCUACGACAGAGGGCAGACGUGGGUGAAAUUAGCUUGGAUCGGCCGAGCCAGGAGGAGGUGGAAGAGUCGAAGGAGCGGACACAGAAGGCGUUACAAAGCUUGGUGGAUGGUACGCUUGCAGCGCAGAAGCCGAAGAAUAUCAAGGGCACUACAAGACCGGAGCCGACGUUUGUGCGGUAUACCCCCGCGAACCAGAUGGGGGACAAUUCGAAGAAGCAGGAUCGGAUUAUGAAGAUUGUGCAGAGGCAGCAGGAUCCGAUGGAACCGCCGAAACACAAGAUCAAGAAGAUCCCUAGAGGGCCGCCGUCACCUCCGCCGCCUGUCAUGCAUUCGCCGCCUCGCAAGCUUACGGCAGAAGAUCAGGAAGCGUGGAAGAUCCCACCGACAGUCUCGAACUGGAAGAAUCCUAAAGGUUACACUGUGCCGCUGGACAAACGCUUGGCUGCUGACGGCCGCGGGUUGAAGGAGGUCACGAUCAACGACAGGUUUGCGCAGUUUGCGGAGGGCUUGUCGACUGCUGACAGGCAUGCGCGUGAAGAAGUGCAGCAACGACAGCGGAUGCAGCAGCGUCUUGCCGAGAAGGAGAAGCAGGAGAAGGAGGACAAGCUGCGGAUGAUGGCGCAGAAAGCCCGGGAGGAUCGCGAAGCAGCCGCUGCGCCCAGACGAGAAUCAGGAAAUGCGCGCUCCCGCAGCAGGUCGAUGGACAGCCGCAGCUCAUACUCUUCGGCCUCGUCCCGCUCAAGGAGCAGAGGCAGCGAUCGUGAGGAGGGUGGAGAGCGCGACCGCCGCGACCGUGAGCGAGUGCGAGCAGAACGCCGUCAAGCAGCCCAACGUGAGAUGCGCCAGAAGAACAUGGGCCACGAACGCCGCAUCCAAAUGAUGGCGCGCGAGCAGAACCGCGACGUCUCCGAGAAAGUCGCCCUCGGCCUCGCCAAACCCACCCAAAACAAAGAAGCAAUGUACGACUCCCGCCUCUUCAAUCAAAGCUCCGGCUUCGCCGCGGGCUUCAACGAAGACCAAGCCUACGACAAACCGCUCUUCGCGGAGCGCGACGCGCUGAACAGCAUUUACCGGCCGCAAGUCGGGGAUGACGAUGAUGGGGACGACGGGGGCGAGACGCUGGAGAAGAUCCAAGGGACGAAGAGGUUUGAGGGGCUGGGCAAGGCGCCGAAGGAGGGUUUUAAGGGCACGGAGACGACGGAGGAGAGGAGUGGGCCGGUGAUGUUUGAGAGGGAUAGAGGGGAUGAUCCUUUCGGGGUGGAGGCGAUGAUUAGUGAGGCUGCCAAGGGGGCGAACAAGAGAGGGGCGGAAGAGGAGGUGGGGAGGGGGAAGGGGAAGAGGGCGAGGGUGGAUGAUGAGUAA